GCCGCACCGCUACGGGCUCCGCGCGAGCGGGCCAUGUCCGCUUUCUGCCUGGGCUUGGCCCGCCGCGCUUCAGCACCCUCCGAGUCGGACAGCGCCUGCUGCAUGGAGCUGCGAGCCUCGGCCGAAGACGCAGUCGGGAGUCCCGCCGCCGCUGCCGCCGCCGCCGCCGCCUCCCCCCUCGUCUCCUUCCCCGGGGGCCCUGGGGAGCUAGAACUGGCCUUAGAGGAGGAGCUGGCGCUGCUGGCGGCCGAGGAGCCGCCGUCCGAUGCCAGGGAACAUCCUGAGGCCGAGCCCGGGCCUCUGGCCGGGGGGACCGGUCCGCAGCCGCCUCCCGCCCAGGACCCAGAGCUGCUGUCAGUGAUUCGGCAGAAGGAGAAAGAUCUGGUGUUAGCCGCCCGGCUGGGCAAGGCGCUGCUCGAGAGGAACCAGGACAUGAGCCGGCAGUAUGAGCAGAUGCACAAGGAGCUGACCGACAAGCUGGAGCACUUGGAACAAGAGAAACAUGAACUGAGAAGACGAUUUGAGAACAGAGAAGGGGAGUGGGAAGGACGAGUGUCCGAGCUGGAGAGUGAUGUGAAACAGCUACAAGAUGAAUUAGAGAGGCAGCAGGUUCAUCUUCGGGAGGCAGAUAGAGAAAAAACACGGGCUGUCCAGGAACUAUCAGAACAGAACCAAAGGUUACUGGAUCAACUCAGCAGGGCAUCAGAAGUUGAGAGACAACUCUCCAUGCAGGUCCACGCCCUCAGAGAAGAUUUUCGGGAGAAAAACUCAUCAACCAGCCAGCAUAUCAUCCGUCUGGAGAGCCUUCAGGCUGAGCAGGUUCUUGAAAUCAAGAUGCUGUCGGAUCGGAAACGGGAGCUGGAGCAUCGUCUCAGUGCCACCUUGGAGGAGAAUGACCUGCUGCAAGGGACUGUGGAAGAGCUGCAGGACCGAGUGCUGAUUCUGGAGAGGCAAGGCCAUGACAAAGACCUACAGCUUCACCAGAGCCAGCUGGAGCUCCAGGAGGUGCGGCUCUCCUACCGGCAGCUGCAGGUGAAAGUGGAAGAGCUCACUGAGGAGAGGAGUCUGCAGAACUCUGCCGCCACCAGCACGUCUCUCCUGUCAGAGAUAGAGCAGAGCAUGGAGGCGGAGGAGCUGGAGCAAGAGAGAGAGCAGCUGAGACUGCAGCUCUGGGAAGCCUACUGCCAGGUUCGCUAUCUCUGCUCACACCUUCGAGGAAAUGACAGUGCCGACUCAGCAGUGUCCACGGACUCCUCUAUGGACGAAUCUUCAGAAACCUCAUCUGCCAAGGAUGUGCCAGCUGGUAGCUUGCGCACUGCUCUCAAUGAGCUCAAGAGACUGAUACAGAGCAUUGUGGAUGGUAUGGAGCCCACGAGCUCCCGGAGAAUUGAGGAUGACUCCUUAGAAGAACAGAUAAGGCAGACCAGUGAGGACUCAAGAGCCCUGAGGGAGCUCAUGGAGGGAGAGAGGGGUAAACUGAGGCAAAGCCUAGAAGAGCUACAGCAACUCCACAGCCAGGUGACACUACUGAGUGUGGAGAUGACUGCACUCAAAGAGGAGAGGGAUCGACUUACAGUGACAUCGGAGGACAAAGAGCCAAAGGAGCAGCUUCAGAAGGCCAUCAGGGACCGAGAUGAAGCCAUCGCAAAGAAGAAUGCUGUGGAGCUGGAACUCACCAAGUGCAAGAUGGACAUGAUGUCUCUGAACAGCCAGCUGCUAGAUGCCAUUCAGCAGAAACUGAACCUCUCACAGCAGCUUGAGGCUUGGCAGGAUGACAUGCACAGGGUCAUUGACCGGCAGCUGAUGGACACGCACCUGAAGGAACAGAGCCUGCCUGCUGCUGCCUUCUCCAGGGCCCACAGUGUGGGGCGGGGGGCUGAGCCCAGCACCACGGAAAGCAAACGGCUUUUCUCGUUCUUCAGAAAAAUUUAAGUUGAGCCAGGCCCAGGGAUGGGUGGACACUGGAGCCAGCUGCAAAGGCAGUGUGAGCAAGGGCCUCCCCUGCUCGGGCUGGGCACCACACUGCCUGCCUGCAUUAGGGCACAGUCAGUCCAGGAGCACUUCUGCUUUUAGUCAGUGCAGAUGGAGACCAAGAGGUAGGGGCCUACAUUGACCUUGGAAAACUGUCUCGGGGGACAGGUGGGAACCCUGUCCACACAGCCUGGCCAAGCCUCUGCCUGGGUUUCCCCAGGAUCCUGUUAUUGAGCAGGGCUCAGGUUGCCUCCGAGUAGCCCCUUGGUUGCUGAUCACAGCCCACCCUGCAGGCACUGCUGCCUCCUGUUUUAGAAAACGGGACAAAAGAAAUGGGGGCCUUCGUCUGCAUGCCUCAGGAGGCCUGAGCCCCAGAGACCUAGUCCUGCAGGACAGGAGGCCCAGGCCUAAGCCUCCACUCCUGCCCAGCCACUGGCCCAGAGUUAAGAGGAGGCACAACCCCUCACCCAGUGCAUGUACCUCUUGCUGGGCCCUCAGUGGGUAGGAGGACCAGUCUGUGGCCAUGGGCCCUAAGGUAGUGUCUUCAAGCUCUGCUGAGGCCAUCCUUAGCCCAGGGAGGAAGGAGGGCCCUGUCCCCUGGCUGCCACCAGUCUCCUCCCCAACCUCUCCAUGAGCAGUCCUUACCCCCUACAAGGCCUGAGCCAGGGUUCUUGCUGGUCCUCUACAGCCUUUUCCCCUUCUUGGGUCCAGGCCUGGGAGGGGGCUCAUUUUCCUCCAACAGCCCCCUCACCCUCAACUAGAGUUUCUCGGUCCAGCCUAGCAAGUCUAGGCCACAUAAGGGUCUCAGAAGAGGUCUGGUCAGCCACCCUGACCUCAAAGGCAGCAUUAGCACCACAGGGUGGAUGGGGGGAGGCUGCUGGGAGCCUCCAGAUACUGCCCACCAGGCCUGCAGAGGGACAAGGCCUGCAGCCUGCUGCUUCUGCUGCUUUCACAGCAGCCACCCCACAUCUCUGCUGAGUUCCCAACUCAGAGGCUCCACGUGCCCAGCCUGCUUACCACUGAUUUGGCCUCCCUCACGGGAUAAGCACAGCAGGGAUGAGCGGAAAGAAUGUACCUAUAGAUAUGUACAUAUCACAGUGCUGUAAUUUUGUAUGUAGCAAUCAUGUAAAUAUAUGUAUGGAUUUUAUAAUAUACAUAUAUAAAUCUAUAAAGGCAUAUUUUUAGAAAAACAGCGCACUACUGCUUCUUUUGAAAAUAGUCUG